GGCGCCAAGAUGGCGGGCGCCGUGGAGCGCGUCACGGAGGCCGCGUGGGACGCGCUGCCGCUGCCGCUGCACCCGCGGAUCCUGCAGGCGCUGCGCGGCCUCCGCUUCUCCCGCAUGACCCCCGUGCAGUCUGCGACCAUCCCCCUGUUUAUGAACAACAAAGAUGUUGCUGCUGAAGCAGUCACAGGCAGUGGCAAAACACUGGCUUUUGUCAUUCCCAUCCUGCAGAUUCUUCUGAGACGGGAAGAGAAGUUAAAAAAAACCCAGGUCGGAGCCAUAAUCAUCACACCCACCAGAGAACUUGCCAUUCAGAUUGAUGAGGUGUUGUUACAUUUUUCCAAACACUUUCCCCAAUUUAGCCAGAUUCUUUUAAUUGGGGGUAGGAACCCCUCUGAAGAUGUGGAAAAGUUCAAAGAACAAGGUGGGAACAUCAUAGUGGCUACACCAGGGAGAUUGGAGGACAUGUUUAGACGAAAGGCAGAAGGCCUGGAUCUGGCGAGCUGUGUGAAGUCCCUUGACGUCCUGGUGCUGGAUGAAGCUGACAGACUUCUGGACAUGGGAUUCGAAGCUAGUAUCAACACCAUUCUGGAAUUCUUGCCGAAGCAGAGGAGAACUGGCCUUUUCUCAGCUACUCAGACACAAGAAGUAGAGAACCUGGUGAGAGCCGGCCUUCGAAACCCCGUCCGGAUCUCGGUGAAGGAGAAGGGGGUGGCAGCGAGCAGCACCCAGAAAACGCCGUCCCGCCUUGAGAACUACUAUAUGGUCUGUAAGGCAGAUGAGAAAUUCAAUCAACUGGUGCACUUUCUUCGAAACCAUAAGCAGGAGAAACAUCUCGUGUUCUUUAGCACCUGUGCCUGUGUGGAAUUUUAUGGAAAAGCUCUCGAGUCCUUUGUUAAGAAUGCAAAAAUCAUGUGUAUUCACGGGAAGAUGAAACACAAACGCAACAAGAUAUUCAUGGAGUUUCGUCACUUGCAAAGUGGCAUAUUAGUGUGCACCGAUGUGAUGGCCCGGGGGAUAGAUAUUCCGGAAGUCAACUGGGUUUUGCAGUAUGAUCCUCCUAGUAACGCAAGCGCCUUUGUGCAUCGCUGUGGACGCACAGCCCGGAUCGGCCACGAAGGUAGCGCUCUCGUGUUCUUGCUGCCCAUGGAAGAAUCCUAUAUCAAUUUCCUCUCGAUAAACCAAAAGUGUCCCCUGCAGGAGAUGAAGCCUCAGAAAAACACAGUAGAUCUUCUUCCCAAGCUGAAGUCGAUAGCUCUGGGAGACAGAGCAGUGUUUGAAAAGGGAAUGAAAGCUUUUGUGUCCUGCAUCCAGGCCUAUGCCAAACACGAGUGCAAUCUCAUCUUCCGACUGAAAGAUCUAGAUUUUGCGAGUCUUGCACGUGGGUUUGCCCUGCUGAGGAUGCCCAAGAUGCCCGAACUUAGGGGAAAGCAGUUUCCGGACUUUGUGCCCGUUGAGAUCGAUACGGACUCUAUUCCAUUUAAGGAUAAAAACAGAGAGAAACAGAGACGGAAACAAUUGGAGCAACAGAGAAAGGAGAGACCAGAAAAUGAAGGGAAAAAGAAAUUCAUAAAAAAUAAAGCUUGGUCAAAGCAGAAAGCCAAAAAGGAAAAGAAGAAAAAAAUGACAGAAAAGAGGAAGAGAGAAGAGGGUUCCGAUAUCGAUGACGAAGAUAUGGAGGAGCUCCUCAAGGAUACGAGACUCUUGAAAAAGUUAAAAAAAGGGAAAAUUAGUGAAGAAGAGUUUGAGAAGAGCUUGACGACGAGCGGAAAAAGACAAGGCAAGGCACAAGAUCUGGGGGAGUAGGAAUCGGAAGGCGACGGCCGAGUCUUCUGUUUCUGAUGGUCCGUGCCACUGGAACGGGGAGGGCCAUGUGGGUAAUGCAGAUGAAUCAAAAAGAGGGUGGCAUUUCGGAGGAAAUAAAAGCCAGUGGAGGAAGUGACUUUCACCCAGAGGAGCCUGUAGGGCGAGCCACCGUUUGGUACUGUGAGAAAAAACGGGAAUGGCAGGCUCGUGACUGUCGAGGGCUUUAAAGCCUGCCUGGAUGAUCCACAGGGAGGAUUAAACAGUGCGUAGGGUGAUGGGCGUUCCCAGAGGUUUUGCUCACCCAACAGAUUUUGGACUUCCCUCCAAAACUUUCAGUGUAAACCGUAGUUCUCAGUGUUCAUUUUGAUCAAGGAUUUGUAAAUACAUUUCAGUUUUCUACAUCGUU